AUGCCAGGGAAGACUCCCAACGGGAAACAGCCGGUCGAGAACGGCGUCAGGAACACAAAGGACGUCGACAUGAAGGACGAGACAUCACGAAAGACCAAGGGAAAGAAGCUCAAGGAGGGUGACGAAGAAAUGACUGUCGUUGUACCGCCGUCCAAGUCGUCAAAGCAGUCGCCACCGACCCGACCGGACGAGGAUGUGGACAUGGACGACUCCGGAAAGGUUGAUGAUGGCGAAGUGAAGGUCGACCCAGCAGUGCAGGCUGUCGCAGAUAUCAAGAGCAAUUUCGCCCUGCUGGACAAAGCUGUUGCCUUGUUCGAUGCGAGAUUCACGCUGCGUGCUCUGCGGUCCAUCUCAUCCAUCCGCAAACGGUUGACCGCCGACAUCCUCGCCCAGGCGAUUGCCGAGACGUUCCCUCCGACCGCCGCGUCAGGGGCCGCAGUCAAACAGCUGCUCUUGAGCAUUGGGAAACAAGAUGUGCAACUCGGACGCCAGUCGGGUUCUGAGAUGGAGAUUGAUGGCGAUGUCAAGGGCCAGUCAAAGAGCAGCAGCUCCAAGAAGGAGAGCAAAGAGAUCAUCCCCGAGAUUGACAUCUUCAUGGGAAUUCUCACCCAGGUUUUCCUCUAUGAUUCUAAGCAGCUUGAGCGGGGAGCCGAGUUUUCGCAGCACCUCUGCGAAAGAAUUCAUUCCCUUAACCGUCGCACAUUAGACUCGCUUUCGGCCAAGGUUUACUUCUACUACUCGCUUUUUUUCGAGAAGCUUGCGCCUCUGCCGCCGUCGCCGCAGUCGCCAUCAGUGUCGAUCCGCCCAACGCUCCUCGCCGCCCUCCGGACUGCCGUCCUGAGAAAGGACAUUGACACACAGGCCUCGGUCAUUGUGCUGCUGUUGCGGAACUACCUUGCCACGUCGCACAUCAAUCAGGCCGAUCUGCUAGUCUCACAUACACAAUUCCCUGAGAAUGCUGCAAACAACCAAGUUGCGCGGUAUCUCUACUACCUUGGGCGGAUUCGCGCCAUACAGCUGCGCUACACGGAGGCACAUGAGCACUUGACGGCUGCGACACGGAAGGCACCAAGCUCUAACUGCGCGGUUGGUUUCUCGCAGACUGCCACCAAGCUUUUGCUGGUGGUGGAGCUUUUGAUGGGCGACAUUCCUGACCGCGCGACAUUCCGCCAGCCGACGCUCGAGGAGGCGCUGCACCCAUACUUCCUGCUAGUCCAGGCUGUUCGUGUCGGUAACCUUGACAACUUUGAGACGACCAUCGCGGACCACGCCGAUACUUUCCGCAAGGAUGGAACCUACACCCUCAUCCUCCGACUUCGCCAGAACGUUAUCAGGACGGGUAUUAGGAUGAUGUCACUUUCUUACAGUCGCAUCUCGCUCCGUGACAUUUGCAUCCGCCUUCACCUGGGCAGCGAAGAGUCGGCCGAGUACAUUGUUGCCAAGGCCAUUAGGGACGGCGUCAUCGAGGCCACCCUGGACCGUGAGCAUGGCUACAUGAGGAGCAAGGAGGUUGGUGAUGUCUACGCCACGCGGGAGCCAGGCGAGGCUUUCCACGAUCGCAUCCGUGCCUGCCUCGCGCUCCACGACGAGAGCGUCAAGGCCAUGCGCUUCCCCAUGAACCAGCACCGUCUUGAGCUUAAGAACGCUCAGGAGGCGCGUGAGCGGGAGAGGGAGAUGGCCAAGGAGAUACAGGAUGGUGAUCUUGACGAGGAUGACCUUGGGGGAGAGUUCGAGGGCAUGUAA